AUGUACCUUCUCCAUCCCCAUCCGACUCUGAGCCCGAGCAACCUCGCAGGGGUCGGCCGGCCUAUCAAGCGACAGCGAAAGGAAGAUGAACCGCUUUACUGCCUGUGUCGCCAACCCUACGACGAAGAGGUGUUCAUGAUCGCCUGCGACGUAUGCAACGAUUGGUUCCAUGGCGAAUGCGUGGGCAUGACCGAGCGUAAGGCGCAGUCGCUGAAGAUCUACGUCUGCCCUCCCUGUACCAAAUCACGAGCGGCUGGCCAGCGUAGGAGGAGCGUGGUAAAGGUGAGGGAAGAUGUCGAGGUAAAUGUGGAAGAUGAGGACGACGAUGAGGAUCAGUACGAGAAGGAGAACUACCACGAGUAUCAACAACAGAGGCGAAAGCGAGCGAAGGGGCAACCGGCGGCGGCGAGGGGGCGCACAAAGGGCACAAUGCCAGGAUCAACGACAACAUCGGCGGCGAGGCGAAGGAGCAUCGGGACCAAUGGAAUUGGAGGCAUGAGGAAAAGUCAAUCAAUAAUCGAAGACGACACCAACCAUGAUGUGAUGCCGCGCAGAGUGUGCGUCAACAAGGACUGCAAUAACCCGGCCAAGCCUCAGUCCAAGUACUGCAGCACGGAGUGCGGCGUGCGGGUCGCUACGCAAUUCCUCGAAAUGCAGAAGGCCGCAGCGGUGGCGGCUGCCGAGCCCGCGCGUGCGCCUUCACCCAAGCCCUCGCCCAAGCCGUGCGACGUCUCGCUCCACUCGAGUAGCGAGGAGAACCUUGUCAACUUCACUCUCAUCAAGAGGUCGCUCGAGAACUCGCCGGACAUUUCGGCGGCUGACGACUCGGACCUCAGGCAGCUGGAGUCGCUGGAGCGACAGCGAGGCGAGGUGGAACACAACCUGCGCAAUCUCGCCGCCAAGCGGGAGGAGUUUGCGAAGGCCGUCCAGUUCUCGACCACCCUCUUCGCCGCCACGGCUUCGACUCACGCCGGCGAUGACCCAGCGAGGAUGGAGGAGGAUCAGCUCACCGGCGCCGACAGGGGAUCACAGGAGGGCGUCGAGGUCAUGGACUGCUUCUCCUGCGGCCAGCCCAUCCCCGGGCGCAACUUUGGGCGCCACAUCGAGCAGUGCUACGCUAAGAAGGAGGGAAUCAGCUGCCCGUCUCCCUCGCUGUCGGCCGCCCCGGCGGUCUUGAGCGCGCACAAGCUCCACUCGCGCAUGCUCGACAGCGGCGCCGUCAUCACCUACUGCAACCGCUUUGACGCGCGCAGCGGCGGAGGGUACUGCGCGCAUCCGCUCGACUCCUGCCCUCUCCACUCGGACAAGCGGGGCAGCGACGAGCGCCGACUCUGCGGCUGCCCGACGGGCGACUUCGACUCGGGCCACUGCGAGCGCCUGCGGAGCGACUGCGUGAAGCACUUCAACUGGGAGAACAUCCGGAAGAUGGAGAUGAAGCUCGAGAAGAAGCGACAGACGCAGCUGCUCUCGUCGCUCCACGCCGAGAUCGAGCUCGUCAAGUCGCGCAUACGUCGGAGGAACCAGACCAGGGACGAUCAACACCGCACCAUCGAGGAGAACGGCGCGACAUACACCCGUCAGCACUCGCCAGCGAGCAAGUAG